AUGCCAAGCACACAGGGAGAGCCAUAUCAGGGCGCGGUUGCUCGAGCACUAGCCGCGAAGGAGCUCUCGUACAGCCCAUACUCCAAGUUCCGCGUGGGCUGCUGCAUCUUGACAGCGUCAGGCGAGUAUAUUGUCGGCGCUAACGUCGAGAAUGCCAGUUACCCAGCCGGUAUUUGCGCGGAACGCACAGCGGUCGUAAAGGCGGUAACAGCCGGGCAUACGAAUUGGGUCUGCAUCGCAUUGAGUGGGGACUCGUCCGACGUCGUGACCCCGUGUGGGAUUUGCCGGCAGGUCCUGCGCGAGUUCGUUGAUCCGAAGAAGCUCACGGUGAUUAUGAUGAACGCCGACGGGUCCAAGGUUCUGCAGCGAACAUUGGAAGAGCUGUUGCCUUACAGCUUUGGUCCCGAUUCUUUAAGGUAG